AUCAGCUUAAAAAAAGAUGGCCGGUCGCGCAUUUGUUUAAAUCGUCAAAAUAUCGAGAAUAAUACUGAAAUUAACACAAAAAGACUCAAACUAUUCUGAUUAUUUUGUUGCGAAACCGUUCAUCUAUCCGUCAAGCGUCGUUUAACAGUCAAAUUCUAAUUGAAAUCAAUCAAUUGACAGUGAUAUUUCAUCCGGUAGAUUGUACGAUUGGCUGUCAAACAGAAGUUUAUUGGAGUGGUGGUGUUGCAGGCCACUACGAUAAAUUAUUUUGCAAUUAAACUACUGAAUGGAUUGCAUUUAAAUUCGGACACAGGUACAAGUCGUGCAAUCUAAAUUCAAUAUGGAUGACAUCGCAAAUCCACCAACUCCACCGUUAGAUGAUAACACAUUAAAUGAUCUUCCCGGCGAGCCAAUCAGUCCAGAUGUUUCCGAUUCAGAUGUUUAUCUGAAUGCCGAAGACACAUUCGAUCCCACUUCAACAACGUCCACAUCUUCAAUAUUCCCGAACGCCGAAGCCAUCCAAGGUGAAAAUGAAACUGGUAACAUAGAAGUGUCAUCCGAUUUCGGUACCGAAGCAACAGAAUCACAAGCUGACACAGCGCUACAAACAGACGAUGUGGUGGAUGAGACAAAGGACGAUGAAACGGUUGGAGAAAAGACAAAUUUGGAAGAUGAAAAUCAAAGCGGUCACAAUGAUGUAAUGGAAGUGGACCCCGAAGAACGGCAUUCCGACCGCGACGAUGUGGACAUGAAAGAUGUAGAUGAAGAUCAAAGCGCAGCCAAGGAUGUUGAGGGAAAAAGUUGUGACGAUCAAACCACAGCCAAGGAAUCUCAAUUGGACAGUGAGGAUACUGAAAAUAAGUCCAACGAACAAACCCCCGACAAAGACGAUUCCCAUGCUGAUAACGACACAUUGAAUCAAAUAUCCGAUCAAUCGACAAGAAAUUUCGAUGAUUCGGACUCUUUCCAAACCGACCAAAAUGACUCAAUGGGUAACGAAAAACAUCACACCGAAGAAGUGGACAUGGCGAAUGUGGAAAAUGUCCACAAUGCAACGGAUAAAACGGCUGAAGAUCCAUUCGAUACCGUGCGAAAUAAUAGUUCGAAUGAUGAUUCGACCAAUGAUCAUGAGAAGCGUGACGAUGCAUCGGAGAGUCAUAACAAAGAGCAAGAUGAUGUUCACAACGAGACUGAAAAAGAUUAUGGAAAUGAUAGCCACGACGAAACUAAUGCUGGAGGCGAAGGCGAUGCAAAUGAUACCACAGAUGCGAAUGAUACCACAGAUGCAAAUGAUACCACAACAGCCGAAGGCGAUACAGUAGACGAUAUUGAAGAAGGAAAGGGUGUCGAUGAAGAAUUGUCUCUGCUUCCGGAUGCCGAACGAGAAAUAUCCGAUGCGGACAAAGAACGUGCACUCCAGGCCGAAGAAGAUGCUGCCAAAGAGUCAACAAAGCCGAGUGAUACUGAUCAAGCGGCUGAAAUUAAUCUAACCGACAAUGACGACGAUGCUAAUAAAGAUGGUAAUGAAUUGCCUCCCGACGAUACGGAAACGACGGAAAAUGCGGAUGCUUCAACAGUCAUUGAAAAUCUGGAACUACUUGCGGCUGCACCGAAAGACGGUGAAAUCAAAGAAAUCCAAGGAGACUUCCCGGAACAAACAUGUUUGGAAUGCAGUACAGCUAAGGCGUGCAAGUACACUCUCGUCGACGACAACACAACGAAAUUUUUAUGCGAAAUUGACUGUGUCACAGCAUUCCGAGCCAAGACUGAUCAACAGUACACCUUAUCCGUCAAGAAAGUCUCCAUACUGCAGAUCGCCGACAGCGAACAGAAAUGUGUUCAGUGCGAUUCAAGCAAGCCAUGCAGAUAUCGUCUACGCACGUCCGACAAGGCAUACGAGUAUUUGUGUGGUGACGAUUGUGUCACAGCUUUUAUCGGCGCUAAUGUGGAAAAGUACAUAGUGAAAAAGAAACGGUAUACCAUUGAAGAGAUAAGUGAAACCAAGGAGGAGAAAAAGUGUGUCCAAUGUGUGGACAAUAAAUGCUGUCAAUUCCGGUUCCAACAAGAUGAAGACGAAAUAUUCAUCUGCAACGAAAAUUGUGUGAAUUUAAUGAUGAAGGAGCAACCGGAUCGAUUCCGUCUCAAACGUCGGUCGGUUCGCGUACGUGAUCUGCCGAAGCGCGCCGGAAUCGGAUCAGCAACAAUCAGUACAUCCGAAGCGGUCCCUGAACAGCCGAAAAUAAUCGCCCGUACCGAACUUGAGGCAGAAGCCGCUCGUAUCGAUCGUGAUGCCAGUUUUAUUCGACGCUGCGCUCAAUGCUAUGCUACGGUUGUACCAAACGAUCGGUCGUUGCUGUGGGAAACGAUGGACUUCUGCAACGAAACCUGUUUAAGUCAAUAUCAAAACGUAGUCGGUGCUUCGUGUACGACAUGCCAUAAUGCAGUAUCGAUGACCAGUCUGGGCAAAUAUUGUGUUCGCUUCGGCUACGAAAUUCGGCAAUUUUGUCAGUCGUCGUGUUUGGAUGAAUUCAAGAAAGGGUUGAAGGUUUGUUCGUACUGUCAGAAGGACAUUUCGAAGGGACCAGAUGGAUUUUUAGCAUCAAUUGGCGGACAAUUCAAAGAUUUUUGCUCGCAAUUGUGCAUGAAGAAGUAUGACGAUAUGUGUAAUCCGAAAAAGAAGGCAAAUCAAGGAACAUGUUCUGUGUGCAACAACGCGGAUCAGGUUAGAGUUGAAGUACUGAUUGACGGACGCGAUCAUGGCUUCUGCUCCAAUCCAUGUUUCUCUGCCUUCAAGUUCGUUAACAACAUAUUGACAGACAAAUGCGCCAUGUGUUCCAAAUUCUUUGAGCGCAGGUCAAACGACGCGCACACAAUUUAUCAGGACAAGCAAAACAUAUGCUCAAUGUUCUGCUCGAAGGUCUGCAUGAACAUUUUCAUCAUAACGAAACGCCAAAUCGUUCCCUGCCAGUGGUGCAAGGUGAAGAAGUACAAUUUCGACAUGAUCGAGAAACAUUCGGCUGGCAACAAAAUCAUGCUGUGUUCACUGAACUGUCUGACAUUAUGCGAAGUGUCUAUGAAUGCCAUUUCGAUGAAAAAACUGCAAUGCGACCAAUGCGGCACUCUCGUCACACCACAGUACCAUUUAACAAUGUCGGACACAUCGGUCAGAAAUUUCUGUACAUAUCAGUGCGUCAUGUCGUUUCAAAGCCAGUUCCAAAGCGCUCCACUAACACUCGAAGACAAAGUGACUGGAGUCAAUUCACCAGUGCCGGCUGGCUUACCCAAACGCAUCAAACCGGCGGCCACAAAGCCCGCAUUACCGACAGUGAAUUAUUCGAAACAGAAGAACAACGCAAAGUCACGAAAGACUACCACCGCCGCAACUACAAAGGUUCCGAUCAUUUCGAACGUAACAUCAUUGGCACCGGGAUUGUCAACGCGAAACAAACGUGGCCAGCCAUCUAUUUCAAUGAGUCAAUUACAGCCGGUUGUUGAACUGGAGCCACUACCAACGAAUAUGUUGAACAAAAAUGUGAACACAUACCAGUCAUCCAAACGGAACAACAUUUCGUAUGACUCGAACAGCUCGCAUCAAGCACCAGCGAGAGUCGAAGUGAAUACCCAGAUUAUUACCGUUCCUCCACUGCCCACAAAAGUAUCGAAUAUGACAACGAUGUGUAAGCCUUCCGUUGAAAAUAAGGAAAUUUUAUGCAAGCCAACCACUGUGACGAUCGGUUGUCAGACGGAAAGUCAUCUAGAGAAGAAGUACGUAGUUCCAAUACCGGUUCCCAUCUAUGUCCCAGUGCCGAUGCAUAUGUACUCAUUGCCUGUUGUGACACCGGUUCCAAUACCAUUGCCUAUACCCGUUCCUGUAUAUAUUCCGACAACACGAAAUUCAGCCAAUGGAAUUAUGAAAGAAAUCAAAAAGAUCCAAGACAAAAUGCCAACAGAUCCAUUCGAAGCUGAGCUUUUGAUGAUGGCUGAAAUGGUUGCCGGUGACAAAAAGAAGGAAGACACCGAAUCCGAAUCGGACGAAGAAGACGACUACGGUCCCGAAUCCAUGAACGAAAGCCAUGGUUUGGGUGAGGACAUGCUACAGAUGGCACUAAAAAUGGCUUCCGAAUAUGACGAGCCGGCCGUUGACCUAGAAUCGGCUAUGACUGCAAACACAAUAACACCGAGUUCACAUCCACAUCUAUCGUACGACGGUGUCGAUGACCCGAUACAACACCAUCACAUGAUGCUAAUGGAACAACAACGCCAGAUGCAAGGUGGACAACGAGGCCGCAAACGCGGUCCGAUUGCACAAAAUCGAAAUAGUCGCGCUCAAGUGUCGCCACCGAACAAACGGUCUCGGCGACAAGAAAUGCCAGUCAUGAUACCGCAACCGGAGCCACCGAGAGAGCCAGUCGAAAAAGCUGACGCCAAUAUGUGCUUGAAAUUCACAUUCGGCGUGAAUGCCUGGAAGCAAUGGGUGAUGACGAAGAAUGCCGACCUGGAAAAGAGUUCAAUUCGACGGAAACCAUUUAAAUCGGAAUUGCUGCAAUUGACCGCUGAUGAAUUGAAUUAUUCACUGUGUCUGUUCGUGAAGGAAGUGCGUAAGCCAAAUGGAAGUGAAUAUGCACCGGAUACGAUCUACUAUUUGGUGUUAGGAAUUCAACAAUAUUUGUACGAGAAUGGCCGAAUCGACAACAUAUUCACAGAUCCGUACUACGAGAAAUUCACAGACUGUUUAGAUGACGUUGCAAAGAAAUUUUCCGUUCUCUACAAUGAUUCUCAGUACAUCGUAACUCGGGUGGAGGAAGAGCAUCUAUGGGAAUGCAAGCAAUUGGGCGCACACUCACCGCAUGUUCUACUCAGCACACUAAUGUUUUUCAACACAAAACAUUUCAAUUUAACGACUGUGGAGGAACACAUGCAACUCUCCUUUUCGCACAUAAUGAAACACUGGAAACGUAAUCCGAAUCAGGUGGGAGCAUCAAAGCUGCCCGGCUCACGAAAUGUUCUGCUACGUUUCUAUCCGCCACAAUCGUCGUUGGACAACAAUUCAAGAAAGAAGAAAGUCUACGAGCAACAAGAAAACGAAGAGAAUCCACUGAAGUGUCCAGUCAAACUUUACGAAUUCUAUUUGUCUAAAUGCCCCGAAAGUGUAAAAACCCGCAACGAUGUAUUUUAUCUGCAACCGGAACGAUCUUGUGUGCCCGAUUCGCCGGUUUGGUAUUCAACACAAGCACUCGGUAAGGAGUCAUUAUGCAAAAUGUUGCAUCGCGUUAAAAUGGUCAAGGAAAUCAAUAUCGCCCUAUUAACCAGUUAAGAAUUAGAUGAUUAGCACUUUUUUUGGCAUUGAAUUUGUAUAAAAAGAAUUUUAUGAAACGAUGCAACUUGAAGUAAGUAUAGAAUUUGUGUGCCGAAUUUUCCGUUUUUCCAAAUCAAAUUUUUUUUUAUAAACAAAAAGAUAACUAUAAAUGGCGCACCCAAUCCCAAUAUUUUUCCUAUUCGGCACGUGAGUGCAAAGCACCAGAUUUGAAAAUAAUUUUUUUUAUGAAAAAGAAACAAAAUAUUGAAAUGAAAACAUUUAUGUAGUAGACUAUAAGGAUGUAAAGACGUAUUUUUGCAUACACAUCGCGCGCGCCCUACAACCCAUUUGAGCGUGUUAUGUUUUUCUCGAAAAAAAUUAAUUCUUUUUCGUUCACAUUUUUCUCUUUUCUUCUCUAUUUUGUUUGUAUUGUAUCGGUUCAACGCUACAAAAAGAAACAAAUUUAAAGAAAAAAUGAAAAUUUAUGUCGCUAGAAUUAGGCAUCUAAUGUAAGCAAAAUUGGACUAUGAUUUUGAGAGUAUAAAUUUAUGGAAUGAGAAUUGUAAUCAAUUUGUUUAGAUAAAAUGUGAAGUGAGAUUCCCAUCAGCAAGUGAGAGCACAGUUUCUGUAAAAUUGUGUUUUGCUCUGGCCGGAACAAAAUGAAAAUAAAAUUGCAGAUAAAUGGGGCUCGAAUAUCUGUAUAAUGAGCACAACAACAACAAAAAAUGAAGGGAAGAAAAUGUAAAAUAUUUUAAUUUUUUGGUGUCAAUUUUUGAAUAAAUUGAUUCAUGUUUAUUGAUCCUGA